GUUUCGUACGUAAAAUUUACGUCGAAAAGAAAUUAAAAAUGUCGAAAAUCGACGUGACAAAGUUGGAUUUGUAUGGUCUUUUUGAAGUUUCACCAGAUGCUACAAGCCAAGAGAUCAAAACAGCUUAUCGCAAGAAAGCUUUAAAGGUUCACCCCGAUAAAAAUCCAGAUAACCCUGAAGCAGCAAAACUUUUCCAUCAGUUAUCAGAGGCACUCAAAGUUCUAACAGAUGAAUUUGCUAAAGCUGCAUAUGAUCGUGUUCUUAGAGCAAAAAAAGAAACAGAACUAAGAUAUAAGCAGCUUGACUCUAAAAGGAAGAAGCUCAAGGAUGAGCUUGAAGCUCGAGAAAAAGCUUAUCAAACAUCUGGGAAGACCUUCCCAGAACGAAGUCCAAAAGAACAGCUCAAGGCUGAAAUUGAACGACUGAGAAAACAAGGCUCAAAUCAGUUAGCUGAAGAACAAGAGAAAAUACGAGUUGAGUUGGCAAAGGAGAAAGAACAGUUAUCAUCAAUAGGACCUGUAAGUGCAAGACUGAAGCUAUCAUGGAAAGUUGACCCUGAUGGUAUAGACCCUUACUCUCAAGACAAACUCCACUCAAUACUCCAGAAAUAUGGAAAUAUUCUUGCCCUUCUUAUCUCAAGCAAGAAAAAAGGAAGUGCAAUAGUGGAGUUUGCAAGCAAAAAAGAUGCUGAUUUGGCAUAUGCCGUGGAAAGGGGAAUCCAUGCUUGUCCAUUGACACUUUCAUGGAUCAAAGGAGACCAGCCUACUCUCUCUCAACCUGUAAGACAGCCACCUCCAAGUUCGGUCGCUCCUAUGUCGAUGGCCGAUUUUGAAUCCAAAGUAUUGCAGUCUAUGAGAGAAGCCCAAGAGAGAAAACGACAACAGGAAAAUAGUGCACAGCCUUUUCCAACGUGAACAGCCAUGUACCUUUACUUUGUUUGAAUAUCAUGAAAAACUAUCGGCGAUCCUAAAAAAAAAAUUUU